AUGUCCGGCCGCGGCAAAGGCGGGAAGGGUCUGGGCAAAGGCGGCGCCAAGCGCCACCGCAAGGUGCUGCGCGACAACAUCCAGGGCAUCACCAAGCCCGCCAUCCGCCGCCUGGCCCGGCGCGGCGGCGUCAAGCGCAUCUCGGGGCUCAUCUACGAGGAGACGCGCGGGGUGCUCAAGGUCUUCCUGGAGAACGUGAUCCGCGACGCCGUCACCUACACCGAGCACGCCAAACGCAAGACGGUCACGGCCAUGGACGUGGUCUACGCGCUCAAGCGCCAGGGUCGCACGCUCUACGGCUUCGGCGGCUCCAUAGUUGCAAAUUUACUUGGAGCUGGUGUACUUGGUGACGGCCUUGGUGCCCUCGGACACGGCGUGCUUGGCCAGCUCGCCGGGCAGCAGCAGGCGCACGGCCGUCUGGAUCUCCCGCGACGUGAUGGUCGAGCGCUUGUUGUAGUGCGCCAGGCGCGACGCCUCGCCCGCGAUGCGCUCGAAGAUGUCGUUGACGAACGAGUUCAUGAUGCCCAUGGCCUUGGACGAGAUGCCCGUGUCGGGGUGCACCUGCUUCAGCACCUUGUACACGGCGGCAAGGCGCGCGCCAAGGCCAAGACCCGCUCCUCUCGGGCCGGGCUGCAGUUCCCCGUGGGCCGAGUCCACCGCCUGCUGCGCAAGGGCAACUACGCCGAGCGGGUCGGGGCGGGCGCGCCGGUGUACCUGGCGGCCGUGCUGGAGUACCUGACGGCCGAGAUCCUGGAGCUGGCGGGCAACGCGGCCCGCGACAACAAGAAGACGCGCAUCAUCCCGCGCCACCUGCAGCUGGCCAUCCGCAACGACGAGGAGCUCAACAAGCUGCUGGGCAAGGUGACGAUCGCGCAGGGCGGCGUCCUGCCCAACAUCCAGGCCGUGCUGCUGCCCAAGAAGACCGAGAGCCAUCACAAGGCCAAGGGCAAGCAGCCUCUGGCGCUUGCUUGUGAACUUACCGUCUUCUCCGCUUUUGCUGUCAUGGCUCGCACGAAGCAGACGGCUCGCAAGUCCACCGGCGGCAAGGCGCCCCGCAAGCAGCUGGCCACCAAGGCGUUUACUAAUUUGGUAGCUACAGGGAAAAUGUUACCCUCAGGCACCAACCUGGAUUUGUUUGGAUUGCUAAUGAAGGAUGCAAAUGUGAAUGUUUUCAAGGACCAGGCAAAGGGCCUGGUAUCUGGAAAAGUGCUCUCCUUGCGGCUGCGCUUGCGCUUCUUGCCGUCCUUCUUCUGCGCCUUGGUCACCGCCUUCUUGGAGCCCUUCUUCGGGGCGGGCGCGGACUUGGCUGGCUCUGGCAUGAUGCACACUUGCACACAAAACCCAGCAGAAUACGUGUUUCUUGAAAACUUGACCCUAUUUUUAAGCAAUGAAAACGAUACAGGACGAAUUCGACUGGCUCAGACACCUUCAAAGGUGAAAUUUGAGACCCUUGCGGAAAGGCGCAAGAGCAGCUACGCUUCCAGUUGUAACCGUUGCUUGCAAUCUAAUGUCAUGGCUCGCACCAAGCAGACGGCUCGCAAGUCCACCGGCGGCAAGGCGCCCCGCAAGCAGCUGGCCACCAAGGCGGCUCGCAAGAGCGCACCGGCCACGGGCGGCGUGAAGAAGCCGCACCGCUACCGGCCGGGCACCGUGGCGCUGCGCGAGAUCCGGCGCUACCAGAAGUCCACCGAGCUGCUGAUCCGCAAGCUGCCGUUCCAGCGGCUGGUGCGCGAGAUCGCGCAGGACUUCAAGACCGACCUGCGCUUCCAGAGCUCGGCCGUGAUGGCGCUGCAGGAGGCGUGCGAGGCCUACCUGGUGGGGCUGUUCGAGGACACCAACCUCUCACUCGUUGGUGAGAUCUGACUUGUGGUCAUGUCUGGUCGCGGCAAAGGCGGGAAGGGUCUCGGCAAGGGAGGCGCCAAGCGCCACCGCAAGGUGCUGCGCGACAACAUCCAGGGCAUCACCAAGCCCGCCAUCCGCCGCCUGGCCCGGCGCGGCGGCGUCAAGCGUAUCUCGGGGCUCAUCUACGAGGAGACGCGCGGGGUGCUCAAGGUCUUCCUGGAGAACGUGAUCCGCGACGCCGUCACCUACACCGAGCACGCCAAGCGCAAGACGGUCACGGCCAUGGACGUGGUGUACGCGCUCAAGCGCCAGGGCCGCACGCUCUAUGGCUUUGGCGGCUAAGU